ACCGGUAGAGGCGCUUUGUCGCCGAACAGCCCUUCUCCUCCUCCAAAAUUCUAGCACCGUCCUCCCAAGCUAUUCCCACCUCCUGUUUCCCCGGCUUUGCCUCUUCAGCUGCCCUCAUUUUUUUCAAACAAUAACAGUCAGUGAGCUCGCUCACCCCCUUCCCCCCGCCGCCGAGGGACAGAACGCGGGAGAGGCCGAAACAUAUCAACUGACUUGCAUUGACAAGGCGGCGGGGACAGCAGCAGGAGGCAUGGCAGCCGGGUUCGGCAAGAUUCAGAUAGGAAUAUAUGUAGAAAUCAAGAGGAGCGAUGGUCGAAUACACCAAGCUAUGGUAACAUCCCUAAACGAAGACAGUGAAAGCAUUACGGUUGAAUGGAUUGAGAAUGGGGAUACUAAAGGAAAAGAGAUUGACUUGGAAAGCAUUUUUGCACUUAACCCAGACUUGGCACCUGAUGAAGAAAUUGAGCCCAGCCUUGAAAUGCCUCCUCCACCAACACCUACCACUAAAGUAAAUAAAAUUGUUAAGAAUCGGCGAACUGUAGCUCCAGUUAAGAACGAAACUCCUGCAAGGGACAAUAGAGCAGUUGCUUCAGCUCGUGCUCGGCCGAGUCAGCCCAUUGAACAGUCAUCCUCUGCACAGCAGCAGAAUGGUAGUGUUUCAGAUAUAUCUCCAGAUCAGCCUGGAAAAAAGGACUUUGGCCUUCCUUCACGGAGAAAGUCAAAUUGUGUUAAAGAAGUAGAAAAGCUGCAGGAAAAGAGAGAAAAAAGGAGGUUACAGCAGCAAGAAUUAAGAGAGAAAAAAGCCCAGGAUAAUGAUGCCACAAAUCCAAAUUAUGAAAUAAUGUGUAUGAUCAGAGAUUUCAGGGGGAGUUUGGAUUAUCGACCUCUAACCACAGCAGAUACAAUUGAUGAGCACCGAAUAUGUGUUUGUGUUAGAAAGCGACCACUUAAUAAAAAAGAAACUACCAUGAAAGACCUUGAUGUAAUUACAAUUCCUAGUAAAGACGUAGUAAUGGUACAUGAGCCAAAACAAAAAGUGGAUCUUACUAGAUUUUUAGAAAAUCAAACUUUUCGUUUCGACUAUGCCUUUGACGAGUCUGCUCCAAAUGAAAUGGUUUACAGAUUUACAGCUAGACCGCUUGUAGAAACCAUAUUUGAAAGGGGAAUGGCCACAUGCUUUGCGUAUGGGCAAACGGGAAGUGGAAAAACACAUACUAUGGGAGGUGACUUCUCUGGAAAAAACCAAGACUGUUCAAAGGGAAUUUAUGCACUUGCAGCACGAGAUGUUUUUCAAAUGCUUAAAAAACCAAAUUAUAAAAAAUUAGAACUUCAAGUAUAUGCUACAUUUUUUGAAAUUUACAGUGGUAAGGUUUUUGAUUUAUUAAACCGAAAAACCAAGCUAAGAGUAUUAGAAGAUGGUAAACAGCAAGUUCAAGUAGUGGGAUUAUCAGAGCGUGAGGUGAAAUGUGUGGAAGAUGUCCUGAAGCUAAUUGAGAUAGGGAACAGCUGCAGAACAUCUGGCCAAACGUCAGCCAAUGCACAUUCAUCUCGGAGUCAUGCAGUGUUUCAAAUCAUUUUACGAAAGAAAGGGAAAAUGCAUGGCAAAUUUUCUCUCAUUGAUUUGGCUGGAAAUGAAAGAGGAGCUGAUACUUCCAGUGCUGACAGACAAACGAGGCUUGAAGGUGCUGAAAUAAACAAAAGCUUAUUAGCUCUGAAGGAAUGCAUUCGUGCUUUAGGAAGAAACAAACCACAUACCCCAUUUAGAGCAAGUAAACUGACACAAGUCCUUAGAGACUCUUUUAUUGGUGAAAACUCUCGAACUUGUAUGAUUGCAACUAUUUCUCCUGGUAUGGCAUCAUGUGAAAACACUUUAAACACUUUAAGAUACGCAAAUAGAGUAAAGGAAUUUGGAAUUAGUCCAUCGGAUAUUCCCUUCUCACAGGGUAGCGGAAGUCGUUCUGAUCUUUCUCCAUCCUAUGAGUAUGAUGACUUCUCUCCUACGCUCACCAGAGUGAAAGAACUCACUGUAGAUCCAAAUGCUGUAGGAGACCUCCGCCCAGUGUUACAUCAUGCACCUAAUCAGCUUGAUGAUUUAGAAACGAUAUGGGGAGUUGGAAGCUCCCCCCAAAGAGAUGAUUUAAAACUGCUUUGUGAACAAAACGAGGAAGAAGUUUCUCCGCAGUUGUUUACAUUCCAUGAAGCAGUGUCACAAAUGGUAGAAAUGGAGGAGCAAGUAGUAGAAGAUCACAGAGCUGUAUUUCAGGAGUCUAUAAGAUGGCUGGAAGAUGAAAAGGCACUUCUUGAGAUGACUGAGGAAGUAGAUUAUGAUGUAGAUUCAUAUGCUACACAACUUGAAGCAAUCUUGGAUCAAAAGAUUGAUAUUCUCACUGAGCUUCGGGAUAAAGUGAAAUCUUUCCGUUCUGCUUUGCAAGAGGAAGAACAAGCUAGCAAACAAAUCAAUCCGAAGAGGCCACGAGCUCUUUAGAAGUAGAACUUGAAGAAGGAAGAAGACCUUUUUAUAAACUUUCUAUUGUAAAAUAGCAAUGAUAUCAUACUAUGGCCGAACAAACCCAGUUACUUGAAACUCCAGAAAAUUUUUAUAAUGCCAGUGUGGAAUUAUUUCUCCUUCACUUGAAUGGGCAAUCCUUUAUCAUUUUUUUUAUUAUUAUUAUUUUUCUAACCACUUCAUUGACGUCUUAAAGUGUUUCUAGCCCAAACAGCACAACCACAUUGUUACUAAGAGGCACUUUUUUGAAAAUAUUCCUCUCAAUCAUGUUUUUUUUUUGGCUUUUUUUUUUUUUUUUUUUAAUUAUUAUUAUUAUAUAAAUAAUGAAUUUAAAACUGUGUACUGGAGAAUGUCAUUUUAUUUUCAAACAAAACUCCAAAAAGUAGCUGUGCAGUUUUAAAUUGCUUGCAUGUGUAUUCUUCAGUGAUUGUACAGAAUUUUUUUUAAAAAGAAUUAGCUGUGGCACCUACUUUGUGCCUUCGUCAAGGCUAUUGGUCCUACUUGUUUAACGCUAUUAAGCACAGCCUUAAUUUAAUAAUAAAAUGAACAUUCCUUGUUUGUCUGUGUAAAUUAACUUGUUUUUAACAUUGCGUUUAUUUUUUAUGUUUUAGUUUGUUGCAGGAUGUGCCAUAUGACAAAACAUCUUCCACCUGUAAAAUUAAUAUUUGAAUACUGUAAAGAGUGGUUGUAUUUAACAGUUUAUUUGUAAAAAAAAUAAAUGAAAAUAAAAUAUAGUUAAUGUACAAUAAAUAAAGGCAAAUAGACAUUAAUAAUAUACCUUCUGAGAUGGAUAUUAAAAUGUGUUGCAAAGUAAUAGUACAGUAAUCUUGGGGGGCAGGGAGUUCACUUGCAUUUUGGUUUAUUAAAAAUGAACCCAGAAGAUUCAUCUCACUCCUCAUUUAAGGUGUUUGAAAUUGUACAAUUUUUAAUGUGUCCUUUGCACUUAAGCCUUUUACCAAUGAAGACAAUUGAACAAUAUGAAGUAUAAAUUCACUGCCUUACGUUGGAACUGUUAACUUAUGCUUUUUAGCACCCAAGUUAACUUAAAUAAAUAGAACUUCUUUUGGCAAGUA